CUUCAUAUUACACCAACCGCAACGACGACCUCUUCCUCCUGAUCUUCUCUUCCUCUAGCUUCGUCUUUUUGGCAAACACUUUUUCUUAUUCUUUUCAUUCUCUUUGUUCCUUUUGUAUCUUCUCGUCUUCUUGUCCAUGGAUGACACAAAAUGUUCAUCAGAAUUAAUACUUGUUCCAUCCAAAUUAAAGGUUUGAUAUUUUAAGAUCAUCAGAAAGAUCGAUCACCAGGCCGGUACGUGACAAAUGGAGAGCUCUGUCGGCGUUGGAUUCAUGGCAGUCUUUGCGGUCUCGGGAAGCGUAGUUCUCCUUGUUCAUCAAGUCCAUAAGCGCCUCCUCUCCGAUUUCAUGAAAAAAGUCGAGUCCGAAUUGGGAUCUGGGAAACGUCGAGCCAAUAAGAAGAAGGUCCGAUUUGCAGACGAUGUUAAAGAACCAUCAUCGAAUAACAAAGAGUACCGUAAGAGGCAGUACUCUUUGAAUCAUAACAAGCAAUAAAAGUCUUCAAUGAAGUAUAUAUGCUUCUGUGCUGCAUUUUUUUUCUUUCUUUUCUUUUUUUUUUCUUGGUUGCCAAACAUGAUCGGGAUGGGGGGUGGUGUUUAAUCCCAACAUGAUCUGACGUAGAGGUUUUUAUCUUUUGUUUUUUUGGUAGUAAAUAGGUCUUCGGGUUUGCUGAUGAGAAUGUCAGAAGCCCCCAUAGAUGGUAGCGAUGUUUGAUUAUGUUUUGGCAAUGUAAACUGUCGUUCUUUAGUUACUUUCGUUGACCAAACUUUGAGAUGGAACCUUGAGAUAUUCAGUACAGUAACAUGUGUUUCAAG